AUGAACAAAAAUGAGCUUACUACAAAAGCAUCCUACCAAGUAACAGAAAUUUUAGCACAAAAGAUGAAGCCGUUUUCUGAUGCAGAAAUUGUAAAAGAGUGUGUUGUCACCGUUUGUAAAACUUUGUUUUCACACUUACCUAAUAGUAAGCAAAUAUUAGAUGAAGUUUCUAAACUUCAGUUGUCUGACUCAACUUGCAUGAGACGGUCACAAGACUUAGCAGCAAAUAUUGCACUUAACAUUACCGAUGAACUUUAG